UUUGAAUCAUUAAUAUCAACAAUAUAACUGAAUAUAACAACCAUAUGACUACUAUCAAUUUAUGGAGCUAAUUGUGAUCGAUAAUAAGGAUGUUGAUUACAUCCUAAAUCAAUCACGUGAUAAAAAUUACCACCGCUCAACAUUACGACAAUAUUUAUUGGAUCAUCGUACUCGUACACGAAGACGGAUACCAUUAUCAAACACGAAUCAUAAAUGGCCACCUUUUUCUAUUUUAACAAUUUUAACAAUAUUAUUAUUACAUAUCAUUACGAUUGUCCAUUCAGCUAUUCAUCCACCGCGUGAUCUAUCGGUUCAAGUACAAAGUGGUAAAUUAGUAUUGCUUGAUUGGAAUCCACCAAUCGAAGGACGUUUUCAUUCAUUCAAAAUAAUUAUCGAACCAUUAUCCGUACAAGAUGAUAGUGGUAUUCGAACAAUUGUUGUUGGCUUACAAGAUGCAACACCUGUACCGAUACGUGAUUUAACACCCGGAGCUUCAUAUCAAAUUCGUUUGUAUACUGUAUAUCGUAAUGAAGAUUCACGCCAAUAUUUGCAGGCUAAUUUUACUACCGAUCCGGCUCCAUUACCAGAGCCAAAAAUCUGGUUUCGUAAUGAGACAACAUUACUUGUGAAACUUGCUAAUCCAGCCGAAACUAUCUUUGAUCAUUACAGUGUGAAGAUCAUUCCAGACGAUGCUUACGAAUCGGUUAAAAUUAUCGAACGACCCGAACUGGGCCAUCGACCUUCGGUCGCUUUUCAUGGAUUGACGGCAGGCAAAGCAUAUAAUAUCUCUGUUCAAACGCAAAGUAUGGAUCGGUGGAGUGAACCGACAGUUGCCACUUUUACUACGAUGCCACUUGCUCCAGGCCAUAUUACAGAUCAUGAGGACUAUCCUGCACGAACCUAUUCACAUUCGGUACCAACUUCUAUACAACAACAUACACCACCUACAUUCACAAACGGUGGACCACCCGAAAUGUUGACCAUACAGGAUGGACGUGAUGCAGAAAUCCAAUGCGAAGCUACUGGAUCUCCAUUUCCCACCGUCGAAUGGUGGUAUCAAAAAACUGGCCAACCAAAACGUCGUCUUGAUCUAGAUUCGAAACGAAAAUACGAUAGUAAUGCCCAUGGAGCUUUGAUUAUCACUCAGGUAGAAAAAUCGGAUGAAGGCAUGUACACUUGUGUAAGACGUAAUAAUUUGGGUGUAAUCAACGGUACUACACGUUUGGCCGUCAUUUUGCGUACACAGAUUGAUCAGCCGCCUGUUGACAGUAAAGUAAUUCUUAGUUCGACUGCUGAACUUCAAUGUCGUGUUCGUCACGAUCCGACUAUUCCGGUUAAAGUAUACUGGACAUUUCAGAAACGCAACCUUACAGCUCUUACCUCAUCUAGAAUCAAAAUAGCUGCCGACAACACCUUGCGCAUUGAACAGGUACGAAAUACUGACGUUGGUCUUUACACAUGUCGUGUUGAAUCAGAUGGUGGUAAUGACAAACGUUCUGCAAGACUCGAUGUCAUUGAAUUGCCACACCCUCCAACCAAUGUUGUUGCCACACUUAAUGUCAAUGGUGGUCUUGUAAACGUAUCGUGGACGCCUCCGUUUGAUGGUAAUUCACCCAUCACCAAGUAUGUGGUUCAGAUGCGAACAAUCGCUAGCAAUCCUAUAAGCCAUGCAGAAACAGAUUCGAGCACGAUCACAGGAACAACUGCACAGCAGCCAUCAACCGACGACGAAUUAGUUUACGGUGUUAACACAUGGACAACAGCUUCAAUGAACAUCUCAUCAACACAGAAUUUUGUGCUCAUCACUAAUCUUCGUCCGGCCACCACAUAUCAGUUCCGUGUAUCGGCUCUCAAUUCAGUUGGUGAAGGUCAGCCCAGUUCUCCGACAAAUCCACCGAUUACAUUACCUGCACAGCCUCCAAAUGCCAGUCCAAUUGGUGUGGUAGGCGCUCCACGAUCAUCGACAGCUAUUACAAUUCAAUGGCAGCAGCCACCACCUGAAUCACACAAUGGCCAUUUGUUGGGAUACAUUGUCCGCUAUAAACUUGCUGGUUACGCCGAACAUACGCCUUGGUACACAUAUAAUGUGACUAAUGCAGCUCAAAUGUCCUGUCUGCUUGAAGAUUUGAUCGUAUGGCAGAAUUAUCAAAUUCAGGUGGCUGCAUACAACGAAAUGGGAAUUGGCCUUUAUAGUCCCAGCAUUUAUGUUCGGACAAAAGAAGGUCGACCGGCCGCCCAAGUUAGAGCAUUACAUGCCGAAGCUAUUAAUUCUACUUCUAUACGUGUUCAAUGGUCACCACCUGAUCCACAGCUUAUCAAUGGUAUUAACCAAGGCUAUAAGGUUCAAGCUUGGAUUUCGAAGAAUUUUACGACCACUACAACCGAUCCAACUGAAGAUGAUCGAUUGCUGGCUUCACCUCCAGAAUCAAAUACACAUUCCUAUACUAUUGUCGGACUUGUUUCCGAACAACCGGCUCGUGAAAUUACAGUUCCGCCAUCACCAUUUUAUCAGGAUGGACAACAGUUGGCCAUCAUGGAUGGACUGGAACCAUACACAACAUAUGAUGUGUCUGUACUUUGUUUUACUAGUGCUGGUGAUGGACCACGCUUUGAACCACCUCCGAUUGUAACCACCGAACAAGAUUUACCUCAAGAAGUAGCCUAUCUCAAAUUCCGUGAUAUUCUUGACAAAAGCGUACGCGUUAUAUGGUCUCGACCCAAAAAAGUUAAUGGCAAAUUGACAGGUUAUACACUACGUUACUAUUCUGUCGGCCAUGAACGAAGCACUGCUGUUGUCAGAAAUCUGACUGCCACCGAAAAUCAAACUGUCAUUACAAACUUAACACCUCAAACAGCCUAUACAUUCGAGAUAAAUGCAUGGACCGAAGUUGGAGCCGGACCUAUCAUUAGUUCGACAAUUCAGAGCUCGGUUCCACCGGUUCUUCCUGUUGCACCCACUCAUCUAGCGAUUUCAAACAUACAGCCUUUUUCUGUUGUCUUGCAAUUCACGCCUGGCUUCAAUGGCAACGCAUCCAUCGCUAAAUGGAUCGUCGAAGGCCAACUUUAUAAAUUGCGCAAUGCCGAAAACUGGUCAGUUAUCUAUGAAUCUAUCAAUCACACACAGGAUGAUGCCAUUACCGUUCACAAUCUUCGUCCGUACACCGAAUAUCGACUUCGUCUUAUUCCUGUAAAUGUAGUUGGUCCAGCUCUUAAACCAUCAGCUCCUUCGCCUCCUUUCCAAACGUUGCAGGCAUUACCACAGGGUCCACCUUCCAACGUUACCGUACGUACAGUAUCAGCUACCGCAUUGCGAGUUCGAUGGACGCCACUGCCACCUGAAUCAUGGCAUGGUCAUCCCCGUGGUUACAACAUCACUUGGCGUCAACUGACUAACGAUGGAUCGCCAAUAAUCGAUGAACCAUUGCAUUGGCACAUUCUAUCUGAUUAUCAUUCACAUUCCUACCUCAUCACCUCGUUGAACGCAUAUACCAAUUAUGGCAUUCAGGUGUUUGCACUCAACGAUCUUGGUACAUCGCAUGGCAGUCACUAUCACAUACAACGUACCAACGAAGCAACGCCAAGCUCGGGUCCUAAUUCUGUUCAAGUGCGAUCUACUUCAUCGACAACCAUUGUAGUCGAUUGGAAUGAUGUUGGCGAGUCCGACCGUAACGGUAUUAUCCAAGGGUUCAAAGUCCGAUAUGCAAUUCUGAAAAAUGGUAAUGAUGCUCAAUUUAAAUUGAUUGAAAGCAAUUCAUCUCGAACGGCCACACUGACCGAAUUGAAAAAAUACACCCGUUAUCAGAUCAGUGUGUGUGCUUUUACUCACGUCGGCGAUGGCGUUUAUUCAACUCCAGUCACAGCUGAAACAUUCCAGGAUGUUCCGGGACCUCCGUCCAAUGUUACUUUUCCUGAUGUGACUCUUACCACGGCUCGUAUCAAAUGGGACAUACCAGAAGAGCCUAACGGUGAGAUUCUUGCCUAUAAAGUUACAUAUCGUCUUAGCGAUGAUCAGUAUUAUCAGCAAAUACCUAUUACUCGCGAAUUUCAAUCCACCGACCGAACUUAUCGAUUUUUAGAUCUUAGUCCUGAAACCUACUACAAAUUUGAGGUAACAGCCAAAACGGUUGAAGGCUGGGGUCAAGCAGCCAAAGCACUGGUUUAUACGACCAACACACGUGAACUUCCAUCACCACCAUCACAGCCGCUGAUCAGUGUAUCACAGAUCAGUUCUCGUCAAGUAACUAUUAGUUGGACGCCUGGUCGCGAUGGCUAUGCACCACUUCGAUACUAUACUGUACAAAUCUCAAGCCAAGGUGGUCAUUGGUGGACCUAUCCACACAAAAUAGACCCGACAAUUCGAUCGUACACAUUGACCAAACUUCGACCAUUCACAACAUAUCAAUUUCGUUUGAAAGCCACCAACGAUAUUGGUGAUUCCGGUUGGUCUUCAGAAUCGCCUAUCACUCGAACAUUACCAGCUCCUCCAGACACGAUGCCCGAAUCUGUUACCGUGUCGCCGUUCACACCGACAUCAAUAUCAGUCAGAUGGAUGCCCGUAAAUGAUUGGAAUGGCGAUGAAAUGGGAGCUGGUUAUCGUGUUCAGUAUUGUUUAUUAACUCAACAAGGAGUGGCCGGAUCAUGUCCAUCAACGUUAGUUCGCGGUAAAAAUCGUACUCAAGCUACUAUAGAUAAUCUCGAAAAAGAUCAGCAUUACGAAAUACGUGUUAUUGCUUUUAAUGGACAGGGUGAUGGCCCUUCCACUAAACCCAAGGUUGUUUACGUCGGUGAAGCUGUGCCUACUGGUGAACCAUUGGAAAUUCGUGCCGAACCACUUAGUUCGACCGAAAUCAAAGUUACAUGGCAGCCGCCUGAUCAAUCAAAACAGAAUGGCCAAAUUAUGGGCUAUAAGAUUUUCUACUGGGUUAAUUCGCUUAACAAAUCGAACUUGGUGAAAGAUCAACAUUCAAAAUCAUUGCCACGAGAAAUGAUGGAGAUUGUUCCUGAUACACUUGCCUCAUUUAUUCUACUCGAUCUGUACAAGUGGACCAACUAUUCAAUUCAGAUCUCUGCAUUCAAUCCAGCUGGUGAUGGGCCUCGAUCCAAACCAACGAUCGUGCAAACGCUCGAAGAUUUACCGGGUGAACUUGGUCCUAUUGAGUUUGAUGAGAUAACCAUGUCACAAGUAAAAGUAACAUGGCGUCCACCAGCCGAGCCAAAUGGUUUACUACUUGGCUAUUACAUCACAUACGAAACGUUGAUUGGCGAUUUCAGCAAACAAGUCAAACAAAAAAUUAAUGAUUCUUAUCUAGUGGUCAGUGCUCUGCGUGAACGAGUCACUUAUACAUUUAAAGUUAGGGCUGAGAACAGUGUUGGUCUUGGACCUGAACGCAUCGGCAAUGUGACCACUGGUCCUCAACACGGUAGUCCACCACCUCCAUUCGAAGUUAUAGCACAACAAACGCUAACAUCAGUCAAACUCAAAUGGAAAAAUCCAGAUUACCGAGAACCGAUUCUUGGUUAUUUGAUUGAAGCUAACAAUCUAAAUAAAAAGUCAGCUCUCGAGUGGCAACCGAUUGUCACAUUGCGCAAUGGACGCCAAGAUCGAUACGAAUUAAGCUUUACACAAUUGUCACCAUCUUCCCAGUAUCAAUUCAGAGUAAUGUCGUUCAAUCGCAUUGGUGUUUCUGAACCAGCUUAUCCAAACAAGUUGUACGGUGGCCAAUCCAUUAUAAUGACGCCUUCGCAUCUAGAAUUACGAGCCAGAAUGCCAUACUAUCGAGAAACUUGGUUCGUCAUUCUUUGUGCCUGUCUCAGUGUCAUCAUAACUAUCAUGGUAAUCGCAGCCCUUUGUGUACGUAACAAGACAUACAAAUACAAAAAAGAAGCAAUGCAAAAUACAGGCAGUCAAGAUCGUCUAAGUGAACUUGGCUUCGGCCUUGACGAGCAAUUCGAUAACCCACUUAGUCAGAUGGCUGGACAAUCGCUUGAGAUGGAAAUGCGUGGCAUGAUUAAUGGCGGUUCAACUGUUGGACUCAUCAUGCCAAAUAUGACAAUUAACAACGACACACUCGUUCCCGUUGCUGUGGCUGGCACCUCAAAUCGCAAUGAUCGUAAUCGAUCUACGCUUCGAUCUAAUCGUGGAAAAAGCAAGGACAAUAAAGCCAACAACAUGCUUAAUACUGCCGCUAUUUCGGCACAGGCCCGACAGCCACCACGACCAUGUCCUGGCUCGUUUUCUUACUCGGAUGAAGAUGAUUUAGACGAUGACGAUGACCUUGAUGUGGAUGAUUCAGACGUAAAACCUCCACCUGGUCUUUAUGAACUGAGCAGCGGCAAUGAUUCCUUGACCGAGAAGCCAAGUGAAUUAAGCUCAACAGGGCCCGAUUCCGAGGACUCAGACGAUCAUGACGAGUUAGUUGCAGCCAACAUGUUUGUCAACCAUUAUGCAAAUGUAAAUGAUACGCUUCGCAAAGGUCUUUCGUGGAAAAAACAAGCCAAACCUUACAUCGUACCGACCAGUAGUCAUCAAAACAUCUACGCUACCAGUACGUCAAUUCGAGCACCUCCUUCACAUCCUCCUCCGCCAAAUCCAACUUCAGCAGCCACAUCCAGUCGUUCGGCUUACAAACAACUUCCUUAUCCUCCACCGCCUCCAUUGCCACCGAUGAUACAAUCGACAACAGUUUCCAAAGUUCCUACGCCACCGCCAUCAUCUCCUUUGGCACCAUCGACUUCAUCACAUCAUGGUUCCAAUUACAACAUAACAUCAAAUCAACAGCCGCAAUCAUCAUUGUCCAAAUUUACGACAGGUUCAUCAGCAUCGCAAUCAUCUAUCAAUAGGAUCGGCUUCCCAAAUCGUCCGCCGCCUCCAGCUCCAGCUCCACCCAGUUAUCUUUCUGCAUUGAACGGAGACAACGAAGUGGACAACACCGUAUCGUCAAAUCAACCACAAUCAAAUGUUGGUAACAACAACAAUACAAAUAAUUCCAACAGCAGCAACAAUGCAUUGAACGGAGGAAGGAUCAUCGUAAAUAACAUGGCAGGCAGUAGGGCACCGCUACCAGGUUUCUCUUCGUUUGUGUAAAUACAUGUUCUUGACACCUUGACAAAGCCAAUUGUAAAUAACAUUGAUUUAUUUGCUUCCAUAUCGCAUUGUAAUGUUUUCUCAUUAUCAUUGUC